UGUCAUAUCACGUGUAAAGGAUGAACCCGAGUUCGCCUGAAUGAAAUAAGCCUAUAAUAAAGUAAGCAGUAGAGAUGGAAAUAGGAAGUGGGAUUUUUGGUUUUAAUGAUUGAAUGUUCGGAUUGCUGUACGCAGUUCAUUUCGCAAGCAUGAAGCUGUUUAACGUCUUAAUGAAAGAUGCCACGCACAAAAUAGAGUAUUAUUCACGAUUCUCGCCUUCGCCGAUGUCCAUCAAGCAGUUUUUGGAUUUCGGUAGAGAGAAUGCUUGUGAAAAGACCUCCUAUAUGUUCCUGAGGAAAGAACUGCCUGUACGUUUGGCCAAUACCAUGAGAGAAGUCACUCUGUUGCCUGGAAAGCUGCUAAAUCAGCCAUCUGUCCAGCUGGUUCAGAGCUGGUACAGUCAGAGCUUUGAGGAGCUAUUAGAUUAUGAGAACCGGAGCCCAGAGGAUCCUCGCAUCCUUAGUGAUUUCUUAGACAUCCUUAUCCAGAUCCGGAAAAGACACAAUGAUGUGGUUCCCACCAUGGCCCAGGGAGUGAUCGAGUACAAGGAGAAGUUUGGUUUCGACCCUUACAUCAGCAGCAAUGUGCAGUAUUUCCUGGAUCGUUUCUACACCAGUCGCAUCUCCUUCCGCAUGCUCAUCAACCAGCAUACUCUCCUUUUUAGUGAUGGCAUCAACCACGCUCAUCCCAAGCAUAUUGGAAGCAUUGACCCAACCUGCAACGUGAUAGAGGUAGUGAGAGAUGCAUAUGGGACUGCAAAGAUGCUAUGUGAACAGUAUUACAUGACAGCACCUGAUCUGCAUAUCCAGGAAUUCAACUGCAAGAACCCUGAUAAGCCCAUCCAGGUGGUCUACGUGCCAUCCCAUUUGUUCCACAUGCUCUUCGAGCUCUUCAAGAACUCCAUGCGAGCUACAGUGGAGCUUCAUGAGAACAACACAGAAGGACUUCCUCCUGUGAAAGCUCGUGUGACUUUGGGAAAUGAAGAUCUCUCCAUAAAAAUUAGUGAUUGUGGAGGGGGUGUACCCUUGAGGAAGAUUGACCGCCUUUUCAACUAUAUGUACUCCACAGCUCCGACACCAAUGCUGAAUCCUUCACAAAAUGCCGUACCGCUGGCUGGUUUUGGCUAUGGUUUGCCAAUCUCCAGACUGUAUGCUCGCUAUUUCCAGGGAGACCUAUGCCUUUACUCUAUAGAGGGAUUAGGAACACAUGCAGUCAUCUACCUGAAGGCUCUGUCCAGCGAGUCCUUCGAGCGACUCCCCAUCUUCAACAAGUCAGCGUGGAGACAUUACCAGUUAGGGCCAGAGGCAGACGACUGGAGCAACCCCAGCAGCGACCCACGAGAUGCAUCCACAUUCAAAACAAACCAAUAGACUAACACUACCUGUGUAUCAGUGACUGCCACCUUGAGCACUUAUGUUCAGAAUUAACAGUAGACUACAGAUGCUACACAUGCAGUUACAUCAUGACACACAUCUUUCGUCAUUCAUUAACUUCAUCUUCAGUAACUUCUUUAUCCUGGGUAUCUUUAUGGUUGUGGUGGAUCUGGAGCCUAUCCCAUGAACACUGGGUGCAAAGGUGAGAAUACAGCUUGGAUGGGAUGCCAGAUUAUCCCCAGAUAGAGAACAUAUUCACAAAUAAGCAUAGUGUGUAUGUAUGUAUGUGUGUGUGUGUGUGUGUGUGUGUGUGUGUAUGUGUAUGUGUAUGUAUGUAUAUAUAUAUAUAUAUAUAUAUAUAUAUAUAUAUAUAUAUAUAUAUAUAUAUAUUUGAGAGAGAGAUAUCUAUAUCCCUCCACUUUCCUGUUGCCCUACUCACCAGCAACUAAACACAGAGUCACGAUACUCUACACAAAGAAACUCAACAGUAUCCUGACUAAUCUUAUUAUAGAAUAAUCUUAUAAUGGGUCUGUUGCAAUAAAAUAAUUAAUUUGUUUAUACUGAUUGAAAAUGUCUGAUAAGUUAGUGUACUGAAAGAAAGGGUUAACAAACAUGGCUGCAAAAAUAACUAUAGGCUAAAAAGAAAGGCUACAUACAUAAAGCUGGUAAUAUUUUAAAAAAUAUUUUAUUUAUUACAUAUUAAAUGCCAACUAAAUCAAUAAAUAGCAUUUGAUUUUAA